AUGUUAAGUAAAGCUGAUCUAAAAUGUGUUGUAGUUGGAGACGAUUCUGUAGGGAAAACAAGCAUGCUGAUGGGAUAUGCAACUGACAGGUACCCGACCCAGCACGUGCCACCAGUGUUUGACAACUAUGCAGGUUCACUAACAGUUGCAGGCAGGAAGAUACAGAUGCAGAUCAUAGAUGCUGUAGAAGAGGAACAGAAUCCCAAGUUCCGGCACAGUCUUUACGCUGGAACACACAUUUUUGUUGUCUGCUUUUCUGUCAUUAAACCGGAAUCACUGAAACAUGUGGAAGAAGUCUGGAUUCCAGAGAUUCGAUUAUACGCACCAGACACUCCCUUCAUUCUUGUUGGAGCACAAGCAGAUCUACGAUCGGUUGAUGUUAUCAGAGACAUGCUAGCAGCUAGUGGCCAUCAACCCGUGUCUACCAUAGAAGGAAUCACUUUUGCCAGGAGGGUUGGAGCAGCGUGUUAUAUUGAAACAUCACCAGAAGUAGAGAAAAAUAUCCGGAAACUCAUCAACAGUGCCAUUGCCUCAGUGUUGGACUUUCGGGUUGCUGAAAAUAGUUCAUGUGCAAUAUUGUAA